AUGGCUAUGAAGCGGCUUGUGAUGUUGGAAGAUCUUCCAAGUGAAAGAAUUCGUUCCAAGGAAGAGGAACAAUGCGAGCGCAUCUACGAAGGAACAACAUACCAAAACGAGAAAGGCAGAUAUGUGGUUCAGCUGCCUAAACGUUCCGGUUGGCAGCAGCUCGGAGAUUCGAAAGAAACUGCAUUGAAGAGGUUUAUGGCCAUGGAACGUCGGAGAAGAUUGGACAGCAAGCUAGACCAUGCUUACAAGGCAUUUAUGAAGGAAUACCGAGAUCUCCAGCACAUGUCAUAUUUGGGUACGUAUGCAGAAAUCAAUACAAAUGACUCACCACUUUCUUAUUUUCUACCACAUCACGCGGUUUGGAAGGCGGACAGCACCACCACUAAAUGCAGAGUAGUAUUCGACGCAUCAUGUAAAACAUCUUCCGGUCGGUCUCUGAAUGAUGUGCUACUAACCGGCCCACAGCUACAAGACGACGUGGUAUCGAUACAGCUACGCUUCCGGAUGAAUCUCGUAGCGUUAGUGGCAGAUGUGGAGAAGAUGUAUCGCCAGAUACUGGUGGAGGAUAAUGAUAAGGCCUUGCAAAGGAUUCUGUGGCGCGAUGAUGCUAACGAGCCAAUAGCAGUGUACGAGUUAAACACGGUUACAUAUGGCACGGCCUGUGCCCCGUUUCUGGCGAUCAAAACCCUCCAGCGAAUCUUCGAUGAUCAUGGUAGCGCGUACCCAAAGGCACUGACAUCCAAGGCAGAUUUCUACGUAGACGAUUUGCUGUCCGGAGCAACGACUAUUCGGGAGGCACAAGAAAUGGCCCGACAGCUGAAUAAGCUGCUUACCUACGGAGGUUUUAGCUUGAGAAAAUGGGCAUCUAAUCAUCCAGAGGCAUUGAUAGAUAUUCCGGAAGAGCAGAGAGCAACAAAUACACAGUUUGAAUUGGCGGCUGAGGUCAAAACUAUUUCAACGCUUGGAUUACUUUGGACACCACAGACGGACAUGUUACAAGUCCAGCCACAAGGUGAGGAGCAGCUGAACGGGAACGGGUACCGCUACAUCAAUCACUAUCACAACAGCAACAACAAUCACGAACCUAACAAUCAAACGUCCGGUCACGGCUGA